AGAGGUUAGUGGCAAGUUAUCUCUGAAGCUCAGGGUGCGUGAUGUGGGAGUUAAACAACAUCUCUCAGGCUUCCGAUUACGGCCUACGUCACCGGGCCUACGUGCCAGCAGUCUUUUAAGUCUUAUCGCUUUGGCACAUUUUAGUUUCUGAAUUCUUAAUUUGGGUUAUUAUGUCCAUUUAAAUAUGGCCAGAAAGAGUGAAUAUACUUCAAGUCCACAUGGACGACCAGCUGUCUUCCGAGUUCAUCCUGCCAGGAGAUUUGAGGGAAAAUUUCCUUUUGACGAACAGCCAAAGGAGAUCGGUUGCUUCUCACUGGACGCAGACAGGUUUUUUUACGACGAUAAGAGUCAGUUGAAAUGGCUUCAUAUGCCAGAGAAUGUAAAUAAUGUAAACUUUAAUCUCAGGGAUGGUUACAAAGUAUUUCGGAAAAGGGACGAUAGUGUCAAAUAUUACAUUGACGAGUUGUUGAGAUGGAUCCUGGUGAACAGAAAGAAGUUUUUGUUGCCAGGUCAAGAUGAAGUAUCUGAUGGUGCAUUUCCUCCUAACCUCCAUACUGAUUUUGUGUGCUGGAGGGGCUUGCUGACCAAGCUGCUUUGUACCCCAUAUGAGAACAAAGAUGGUUGGCUGAUAGCUGUGACAAAGUUUAAUGGUACAUAUUACCUGUGUGAAUAUGACACACCAGAGAGGAUUGUCGAGAGGGAGAAUAUGUCAGAGAGGCAGGAUGAAAUGUGCUACUGGGGCCAUAAGUUUGAGCAGUACAUGGUAGCUGCAAAACCAGACGGCCAACCAGACACUUGUGUUCCUGUCAACAAUUAUGAAGCAUUUUGUCUUGUUGUGAGAAGAAGACUAAAAGAACAUUCUCUUGUGUUUGCUGGGAAGACUGACUGCUAUGACGCCAAAGAAAAAUGUUAUGUAGAAUUUAAGACAUCAAGAGAGAUAUAUCAGCCAAAUCAGGAUAGAAAUCUCAAAAGGUUUAAGUUGAUCAAGUGGUGGGCCCAGUCAUUCCUACCUGCUGUUCCUAAGGUUAUCUGUGGUUUCCGUGACGAUGAUGGUGUGGUUAGACGGUUGAAGACUUACCGCACUCUGGACAUGCCCAACAUUGCCAAGCACAUUCCAAAUCCUUGGGAUCCUGCAGUUUGUAUGAACUUCUGCGAUCAGUUCCUGACCUUUGUCAAGCAAGUUGUCCUGAAAGAUGACCCUAAGAUUGUGUACAUGUUCAAAUGGUAUCCAAGACAAGACAUCACUUGGACUGAGCACCCACAAGACUCCAAGUUUACCUUUUUACCAAGCUGGUUUACUAACCCAGACCAACAGGGAAACAGCGGCAUUAAGCUGGAAACAACCCAGCAGGCAUAGUUGCGUUGGAUCAACGUUGAAAACAAGUUGAUACGUUGAAUUGCCGUUGAU